UACCGCAGUAAAAAGUAUCCUUCGCGCGCUUUUAGCUCCGGCGCUCGUUCGCCUCACUUCAGUUCAUUCAAGUACAUAGAACAGUAAAGUAAAUUAUUUUGUUGCCGCGUGACUGUGGCGGUCGUGUUUUAAAGACGUUUUGUGCAGUUAAUUAUCUGGUGGAGAAUUUUGAGUGAAAAUGGUCGUCAUUCAGGCCGGUCAGAACUCUAAUGUAUUCCUCGUUGCGGGGAUUACAGUCCUAAUUUGUGCGAUAGCACACUUUAUUUACAAGCUUCUAGGAAAGAAGAAUGAGGAGGCAGUCGAACAUGUAUCGGAGAAAGAUACAGGAGCUCCCGAGAAACAAGAGACGAAAUCCGCAACAGCGGAACGCCCCUCAAACAGGAAGAGCAAGAAACUGGCGUCAUGGAGCGGCAAGCACGAGUUCAGCCACCCGUGGCUGCUGAAGAACCUCAAGGGCCACCCGGGCACUGUCCUUCACGUCGACUUCUCUGCCAAUGGCAAGUUCAUGGCUGCUACCUGUGAUGAUGGGUCAGUGAUCCUCUGGGAUAUCCGGGAUCUGAGCCACAACCAGCACAAGACGCUGCGGGUCAACCUCGAGUUCGACCACGCGCAGUUUGUGGCCUGGAGCCCUGACUCCAAGGCCUUCAUCGUCCACACCGUCAGGGAGAACAACAUCGUCGUCUACAAGAUUGAGAAGAAGAAAGAUGGCGCUAUUGGGGCUGCUACUCAAGUUCUCGCGUUUGAUAAGGUACACGACUCAAACGUCGUUGGCUUUGGCAUAUCCAGCAACGGAAAAUUCAUGAUGUCAUGUUCCUCGAAAACUGACAUGGUAAUUUGGGAUCUGAAAGGCCAGAGACUAGACACUCUCGACACUUAUUUGAUGAGUACAUACUCUGCCAAGAUAUCUCCGUGUGGACGUUUCGUGGUGGCCACGGGACAAGUGACUGAUAUAAAAGUUAUGGAAGUAUGCUUCACAAAGAACGGGGAGUACAAACAAGUGACAAAGGCUUACGAUCUCACAGGUCACUCGUCGGGCAUAUACGAUGUUGCCUUCGAUGUUGACACUUCGCACGUCGCCACCAUAUCCAAGGAUGGCACGUGGAAACUAUAUCAUACAAAGAUAAACUACGCCAUCGGCGAGGGUCCUCACGUGCUAGAAACUGGCCAGUACACGCAAACUGCGAAUCCACCGUGCAUCGCGCUGUCUCCCAACGCAGAGGUCCUGGCUGUUUCAGUCGACAACUCGGUCGAAUUCUACGACACUUACACCGGUCAACUGUACGAUACCGUGGAGAACGUCUACGCAACGGGUUUAAUAAAUCAUAUGAAAUUCGACGCGAGUGGGAAGUACCUAUUCGUCUGCGGGGAAAAAGUGGUAAGGAUACUCCACAACGUGUGCGGGUAUCAGACUACGAUAGAUAGCUGCACGCGUCUUCUUGCUACGAGGCAGACAUCCGCUACUACAGAACGGUUGAAUAAAACUAUACAAGAGUGCAAGCGGACGCUUGCAAAGUUCGGGAAGUAACUCGACUUUGCCAAUAUCCCAUGUGCCAUUGCUGACGAGCUUUGGGCGAUUCGGAUGCCCGGGUGCCCAAUUUGAAUUGAGAAAGUGUCGGAACGCUGGCUACCGCGACUAACCAUGAAGUGACAAGACGAAUGGCAAAAUUUGACAGUUCAGUUCUGCCGUGACUGUCCCACUUAAGUAUAAGUAAAAAGGUAGGAAUAUAGUAACUGCGUCACACUUUCUCGAGUUAAUUUGGGCCUUUGAAUAGAACCGUAAUAUUGGACUGUAGUGUGCCUGGACAGCUGGCUCGCUUGUGCUCACAAAGCAUUGGAAUAACUGCCCAGUUCUCUUAGUCUAUUGCAUUUAUUGUCACAAAAGUAUUUUUUAUAUAAUUUUACACCAUUAUUGGAGAAAAGUGGACUGUAUACUGUAUUGAUAUUUAUUUCUAAUUUGAUAAUAUGAUCUCAACAGCAUUUCAUAUAUUUUGUAUUUUUUGGAAAUAAUUUAUGAUUAUUUUAUAAUUUCUCGAAAACUGAAAGCAUAUUUAUUGUAAUUUAACAUCUUAAACUCUUAUAUUUUGUAAACGUUGUAUGUGCAGUGACUGCAACAUAAAGUAUUUUUGAAAGUAUAUGCUUCAAAUUAUCAGAAUAAAAAGAUGUUUGACCGCAAUCAUUUGUUUAUACUGACGAUUACUGUCAUAGGUCAGCUAGGUCUUUCAUUGUACUAUCCGCUGCAAAAGUGCAUGGAGAAAUUAUGAAUGAAUUCAUUGAUACAUUCGCCAUCCACUUUUGCAGCGGAUAGUACCUACAUCUGAUGCAUUUUAUAUUGAAAACUUAUUUUGGAUCUUUUUACAUUUAUCUUUGACAGUCCUUGUGGUACGUAAGUUCCAGUAUAGCAUUUAUUUGUUUUAAGUAUUAUACAAGUAUAAGUAUUUUGGCAGACUAAAGACUAUUUUAAAUAAAAUUGUUGUUCCUGUAACAUGAGACCAGAAUCACCUACUUUAAUUUUUCAAUUAGCCUGCAGAUGUGUGACGAAUAUCGUGUUUAGAUUUGCGAUUUGACUUAUUACAUGCAACUUUCACGGUUGUAUGGUUUUUUAUCACUAUACAGCGUGUGUAUUCCAUACGGGCGAAUAUCUUAAUAACGAUUUGUAUCGGACCUAAGGACUAAGGAGCCUAACUACAUGGUUUUUUGAAUAGACGAGUUUUUUUUUCAUACAUAUAAU